AUGAUCACCCCAGUCAUCAUCAAUCGUCUUCAGUGGAAGGCCUACCUCAUCUUCGUGGUUACCAAACUCUUGUUUGUGCCAAUCAUCUGCUUCUUCUUUCCCGAGACGAGCAACUUCAGAUUGGAAAAUAUCGACGAGUUCUUCGCAUCUGGUGGCAAUCCGGCCAAGAUUGCAAAGGAAAUUUCAAAAGCAGUGGAGGCUGAGAAUGAUAGCGAAAAGCUGUCAAGCGUUUCUGAGAAAGAGAAGGUAGAGGUCGAGCACUCCGACUUGGACAUUUAUCUCACAAACAUGAUGAAACCCAUUAAGAAUAUUGCCGUAUUUGGCGCGAAUGGCGCAUUAGGAGAGGUUCUUAUCCCAGCACUUCUGCAAGCCGACUUUGACGUAGGGUGCAUCACUCGAUUCGGCAGCCAGAAGAGCCUUCCAGCCGGUGUGCACGCCAGACUCUCCGACUACUCGAACGUCGAAGCUCUCACAAAGGUCCUGGAAGGUAAAGACGCCAUUGUCGAAGCUUUCAAUCCAGCAGCCGCAUCCUACCAGACCAACAUCUUGCAAGCAGCCUUGGCUGCCGGGGUCAGACACAUCGUCACCCCAGACUUCAGCGGCAAUACGUUUCAUCCCAACGCCAAGGAGACUCUCAUCUUUGACCCGAAGUUGACAGCUCAGCGUGAACUAGAACGCAUUGUCGCUGAGUCGAACGGGCUGUUGUCAUGGACGGCAAUCAUUACUGGUCCGUGGUACGACUGGACUAUCGAGCGCGGAAUCUUUUGGAUCAACAAAGAAGGACGAACCAUUACUCGCUACGGUUCUGGAGACCAAAGAUGCAGCAUCAGUCGCCGUGCCCUCAACGGCGAAGCCCUUGUUGCUGUGUUGACUAAUCCAGAGAAGUACCGGAAUAGGGCUGCCUACUUUGCCAGUCAUACUGUAUCGACAAAUCAGUUGAUUGCACUGAUCGAUGAUCUAGGCCUCGAAGGUUGGAAGACUGUCGACGUGCCAUUUGACGGGUUCACAGAGAAGGCUCGUGCUUUGUGGAGAGAGGAUACAGAAAGGGAUGUCGAGGACAGACUCAAUUCCAGGGCAUAUGCUGCUCUUUCCACCGUGGCACUGCUGGAUGAGGAUAAUUACUACGGUUCCAACUUCGAGAAUCAAGUCGAGCCCGGAUGGGACGAGGGCGAGACCGCGCUGAAGGAGAACUUGAAAAGACUUGUUAUUCAUGAUUAG